GUUUCUUCUUCGGCGCGGGUCAGAGGUGAGGGAUGGGCGGCCUGCGCGGGCCUAGGUGAAUAACUGCCCCGAGGUGUGUUCCCUGUGGCGCGAGUUUAAGAAGCCGGCUUAGGUCUCUGCUGUGUGCCUUGGCGAAACUCCGCCCUCUUGGUCUUCGGGCCUACAGUUAGCUGGGUCCUUGGCCCCCUUCAGUAGCCGUCCUUGCCCUGCUCCCGUCUCUCCUCUUUYCAGGCGAGGCCAGACUCAGUUUUCUCCCACCGAUACCCCUCUCCUUACCUGGAAGGAAAGCAGGCUGUGGUCUCGGUGAUGGCAGGGUUGCUUCCUGAAGUAGCGAAAGUGCCUUAGCGUCCCUUCCGCCUCCUUUGAGCUCCGAAACUCUGGAAAUAAGGAAAACGGCUAUCAUCUUAUGCCAAGAUGUCAGGAAUCGGAAAUAAAAGAGCAGCUGGUGAGCCAGGCACAUCCAUGCCUCCAGAGAAGAAGGCAGCUGUUGAAGAUUCAGGGACCACAGUGGAAACAAUUAAGCUAGGGGGUGUCUCUUCAACGGAGGAGUUAGACAUUCGAACACUACAAACAAAAAAUCGCAAGCUAGCAGAAAUGCUCGAUCAGCGUCAGGCCAUCGAAGAUGAACUUCGGGAGCACAUUGAAAAACUAGAACGACGACAGGCCACUGAUGAUGCUUCAYUGUUGAUUGUCAACCGGUACUGGAGUCAGUUCGAUGAAAACAUCCGUAUCAUCCUUAAACGUUAUGAUCUGGAGCAGGGUUUAGGAGAUCUACUCACAGAAAGGAAAGCCCUUGUUGUGCCGGAACCAGAACCUGACUCUGAUAGCAAUCAGGAACGCAAAGAUGACCGAGAGAGAGGGGAAGGGCAAGAGCCAGCUUUCUCUUUCCUUGCUACUUUGGCCAGCAGUUCCAGUGAAGAGAUGGAGUCUCAGCUGCAGGAGCGUGUGGAGUCCUCCCGGCGAGCUGUGUCCCAGAUUGUGACUGUUUAUGAUAAAUUGCAAGAAAAAGUGGAGCUCUUAUCCCGGAAACUAAACAGUGGAGAUAAUCUGAUAGUAGAUGAAGCAGUACAGGAACUGAAUUCCUUCCUCGUGCAAGAGAAUAUGAGGCUACAGGAACUGACAGACCUCCUUCAGGAGAAGCAUUGCACCAUGUCUCAGGAGUUCUCUAAGUUGCAGAGUAAAGUGGAGACAGCGGAGUCACGGGUAUCUGUCCUGGAGUCUAUGAUUGAUGAUCUGCAGUGGGAUAUUGACAAAAUUCGUAAGAGGGAACAGCGACUCAACCGACACUUGGCAGAAGUCCUAGAACGGGUGAAUUCAAAAGGCUAUAAGGUAUAUGGAGCAGGAAGCAGUCUCUAUGGUGGCACAAUCACUAUCAAUGCCCGGAAGUUUGAGGAAAUGAAUGCAGAGCUUGAAGAGAACAAAGAGUUGGCCCAGAACCGUCACUGUGAGCUGGAGAAACUUCGACAAGACUUUGAGGAGGUCACUACCCAGAAUGAAAAGUUGAAGGUGGAAUUGCGGAGUGCAGUGGAGGAGGUGGUUAAGGAAACUCCAGAAUAUCGUUGCAUGCAGUCACAGUUCUCUGUUCUGUACAAUGAGAGCCUACAGUUGAAAGCUCACUUGGAUGAGGCUCGGACCCUGCUUCAUGGCACCAGGGGAACCCACCAGCGCCAGGUUGAACUCAUUGAGCAAACAUGCCCUAUAAACCGGGAAAUGCGCCACCUUAUCAGUAGCCUCCAGAAUCACAAUCACCAGCUGAAAGGGGAGGUCCUAAGGUAUAAACGGAAGUUGAGAGAAGCCCAGUCUGAUCUGAACAAGACACGUCUGCGCAGUGGCAGUGCCCUCCUGCAGUCUCAGUCUAGUACAGAGGAUGCCAAGGAUGAACCUGCAGAGUUAAAACAAGAUUCUGAGGACUUACCAACCCAGUCCUCAGCACUGAAAACCUCUCAGGAGGAUGUCAAUGAAAUUAAAUCCAAACGGGAUGAGGAAGAGCGAGAACGAGAAAGGAGGGAGAAAGAAAGGGAGCGAGAAAGAGAACGAGAGAAGGAAAAGGAGAGAGAACGAGAGAAGCAGAAACUGAAAGAAUCAGAAAAAGAAAGAGAUUCUGCUAAGGAUAAGGAAAAAGGAAAACAUGAUGAUGGAAGGAAAAAGGAAGCAGAAAUUAUCAAACAAUUGAAGAUUGAACUCAAGAAGGCACAAGAGAGCCAAAAGGAGAUGAAAUUGUUGCUAGAUAUGUACCGCUCUGCCCCGAAGGAACAGAGAGACAAAGUUCAACUAAUGGCAGCAGAGAAGAAGUCUAAGGCAGAGUUGGAAGAUCUAAGGCAAAGACUCAAGGAUCUAGAAGAUAAGGAGAAGAAAGAAAACAAGAAAAUGGCUGAUGAGGAUGCCUUGAGGAAGAUUCGGGCAGUAGAAGAGCAGAUUGAAUACCUGCAGAAAAAACUGGCCAUGGCCAAGCAGGAAGAAGAAGCUCUGCUCUCUGAGAUGGAUGUCACAGGCCAAGCCUUUGAAGACAUGCAGGAACAAAAUAUCCGUUUGAUGCAGCAGUUGCGAGAAAAGGAUGAUGCAAAUUUUAAACUCAUGUCAGAGCGUAUCAAGUCUAAUCAGAUCCAUAAAUUACUCAAAGAAGAGAAGGAGGAACUGGCAGACCAGGUUUUGACUCUGAAGACUCAGGUUGAUGCCCAGUUACAGGUAGUAAGGAAACUGGAAGAGAAGGAGCACUUAUUGCAAAGCAACAUUGGCACAGGGGAGAAGGAGCUGGGUCUUAGGACCCAAGCCUUGGAGAUGAAUAAACGUAAGGCAAUGGAGGCAGCCCAACUUGCAGAUGAACUCAAAGCACAACUUGAGUUGGCGCAGAAGAAGCUCCAUGAUUUUCAGGAUGAGAUUGUGGAGAACAGUGUCACCAAAGAAAAGGACAUGUUCAAUUUCAAACGAGCCCAGGAGGACAUCUCGAGACUUCGAAGGAAGCUGGAGACCACAAAGAAACCAGAUAAUGUGCCCAAGUGUGAUGAGAUUCUGAUGGAGGAAAUUAAGGAUUAUAAGGCUCGUCUGACCUGUCCAUGCUGCAAUAUGCGCAAAAAGGAUGCUGUACUUACCAAGUGUUUUCAUGUUUUCUGYUUUGAGUGUGUGAAAACACGCUAUGACACCCGCCAGCGCAAAUGUCCCAAGUGUAAUGCUGCUUUUGGUGCCAAUGAUUUUCAUCGAAUCUACAUUGGUUGAUUCAAGUCAAGAGAAGAAGAGGAGCUGGCUAGACAGGCACUUAUUCAUUAACCACCAAACCUCUACCUCUUCUCACCUUGACAGUUUAUCUGUCAACUCCCAUUCCUCCAUAGACUUUACGUCCAGGCUCUCUGCUCAAAUAGCUAGAUGACUUUAGGGGAAAGGAUUGGUAAAUGCAAGCCUUGGGUUAUAGAAUGAAUUAGAAACAAAUGAAGAAACAGUUGACUCAUAUUUGACCCAUAUUUGUCUUGCCUAUCAGCUUUAUUUCCAGCUUUUAGACUUUUCAACAUUUUUGGGCAGAGGUGGGCCCAUUGUAUCAUCUUGGAUUAUGCAUUCCUCCAAAAGAAAUCAAGUUGGUAUUUUUGACAAGGAGAAGGGAACAAAGACUGGAAAUGUGUUAUUUUGAGGGAGUGGCCUUUAAGAAAUAAGCUAUCUGUGGGCACAUACUUUUCUUAAUUUGGGUAGUUAACUUUUUCUAAACUUGAAUUAUAAAAUGAUAUAAUUGCGCUAUUCUUUCCUGGAUGGUUUGAAACCUUAAUGAAAUUAUAUCCAGGAUAAUUUAGUCCAUUUCCCAUUUACUUGCAAAAUAACUUUUAAGGUCAGCUGGCUUUCUUACUAAGUUAUUUAAGUUUCAAAUGUUCAACAUCUAAAAGUCUUUAAAUUUCUUAAGGCCAGAAUAAUUUCAAGUAAUAUAGACACUUUUGCCUUCUAAUGAAAUAAAAAUUGGAGAUGAGGAAUAGAACUGAAGUGGUAAAGAGACCUUCUGGGUAUUCUGGGAAAUUGAUACAGAGAGGCUUUGGUGAGCUAUGAAUUUACUCUCAACCUCCUCUCAAUAGGAGUUUUGUGAKCCCUGUUUUCCAGAAGAUUCUGUAUAAUCUUUCUGUAGGACUUUGUACUCUACAAGCUUCAAUUAAAGCAGGAUUCAGUUUG